CGAUGUUCACAAAUAAAUGCCCUAAACUAAAAUCGCUAGAUGACAAAUGUCAUCUUAUUCGCUGUCAAAAUUACCUCUUUUGUGUCCGUCCAUUUCGUGGACACAUGUAAUAUUGGGCCGAUUUUAUUUUUAGGUAUUAUCCAGUAUUUCAGCUCGUUAGAAAUAUAAUUAAUUUAUUGUAUCCAUAAUGCCUUCUGACGCGAAGAAACGUGAACAACAACGUAAAAAAGAAGCUGCAAAAGCUAGACAAACUGGCAAGAAAACUGAGAUUAAGCCUAAAGAUGAAAAAGAAGAACAAAAUGAUGUUUCUAAAACCAAUGGUCAUGGCAACUUAACAAAUGGUGUUACUGAACUGAGUGCUGAAGAGGCACUGUGUGCUAAACUGGAAUCUGAUGCACGUCUAAAUGCUGAUGCUCGUGCCUGUACAGGCUCCCUGGCAGUGCAUCCAAAAUCACGAGAUGUAAAAAUAGAUACUUUUUCAAUUACUUUCCAUGGAUGUGAAAUGUUGCAAGAUGCAUUGUUAGAAUUAAAUUGUGGUAGAAGAUAUGGUCUCUUAGGUUUAAAUGGUAGUGGAAAAUCCACUAUACUGGCUGUUCUGGGUAACAGGGAAGUCCCUAUUCCUGAACAUAUAGAUAUUUUUCAUUUAACUAGAGAAAUGCCUGCCUCAGAUAAAAGUGCACUUCAAUGUGUAAUGGAAGUAGAUGAAGAACGGGUCCGUUUGGAAAAGUUAGCAGAACAACUAAUUGCUUGUGAAGAUGAUGAAUCUCAGGAACAGCUAAUGGACAUCUAUGAACGUUUAGAUGACAUGUCUGCUGAUACUGCCGAAGCUAGGGCUGCUAAUAUUUUACAUGGUCUUGGUUUUACUCCAGAAAUGCAGAACAAAAAAACUAAAGACUUUAGUGGAGGCUGGAGGAUGAGAAUAGCUUUGGCUAGAGCUUUGUAUGUUAAACCCCAUUUGUUGUUACUCGAUGAACCUACCAAUCAUUUGGAUUUGGAUGCUUGUGUAUGGUUAGAAGAGGAGCUCAGAAAUUACAAGAGGAUAUUGGUUUUGAUAUCACAUUCUCAAGAUUUCUUAAACGGUGUUUGUACAAAUAUAAUACAUAUUAAUAAAAAAAGGCUCAAAUAUUACACAGGUAAUUAUGAUGCCUUUGUUAGAACCAGGAUGGAACUGUUGGAAAAUCAAAUGAAACAAUAUAACUGGGAACAAGAUCAAAUCAAUCACAUGAAGAAUUACAUUGCAAGAUUUGGUCACGGUUCUGCGAAACUGGCUAGACAGGCACAGUCCAAAGAAAAGACUCUUGCCAAGAUGGUGGCUCAAGGUCUUACAGAAAAAGUAUCCACAGAUAAAACGGUCACCUUUUACUUUCCAAGUUGUGGUACUAUUCCACCUCCUGUUAUUAUGGUUCAAAACGUUAGUUUUAGAUACAAUGACAAAACACCUUGGAUUUACAAAAAUUUGGAAUUUGGUAUUGAUUUAGAUACUAGGUUGGCACUCGUCGGUCCCAAUGGUGCUGGAAAAAGUACCCUUUUGAAAUUAUUGUAUGGUGAAUUAACUCCAACAGAGGGUAUGAUAAGAAAAAAUUCUCAUUUACGUAUAGCCCGUUACCAUCAGCAUCUGCAUGAACUUUUAGAUCUAGAUCUAUCCCCAUUGGAAUACAUGAUGAAAGAGUUUCCUGAUAUUAAAGAAAAGGAGGAAAUGAGAAAAAUUAUUGGGCGAUAUGGGCUUACAGGGAGACAACAGGUGUGUCCAAUUAGACAGUUGUCUGAUGGUCAGAGAUGUAGGGUUGUGUUCGCUUGGCUGGCGUGGCAAGUGCCCCAUUUGCUCCUACUUGAUGAACCUACCAAUCACUUGGAUAUGGAAACCAUUGACACUCUGGCUAACGCAAUCAAUGAAUUCGAGGGAGGAAUGGUGCUAGUUAGUCACGACUUUAGAUUAAUCAGCCAGGUUGCAGAAGAAAUUUGGGUGUGUGAAAAGGAAACGGUUACAAAAUGGCAGGGAGGUAUUCUUUCCUACAAAGAUCACCUGAAAGCAAAAAUUUUAAAGGAAGCAGCCAAUACUGUGAAAACUAGAAAAUAAUAUUUUAUCUCCUUAGAACUUGAAGCAGUACUUUUGGCAAAAGGUCAGAAGUCAUUGAAGAAAGUUUAAUUCUAUUAUUAUAUUGGAUAGCAACCAUGUUCAACUUUAAAAAUGGAAUAGAUGCUACAGUACAGUAUGGUGAAACAGCUUUAUACAAUAAAGCAGAUUUUUGUCUUUAAAUAUUUUAAAACGUUUUCUUUUUCAUGUUUCAUUGUACUGUAAAUAGAUUGUCUAGUGUUGUUUGAUUAUUCACUAUUUUCUUUUGCUUUGGUACCAGUUAUUAUUUUUAGGCUAAUUUCUGGACAUGGGAUAAACCGUUUUUCUAUCACACUCUUAUAUACAAACGCAAUAAAUUAAGACAAAUAUAUAUUUUUUGAAUGUAACUUGACAACUUUAGUAUUUUUAUUUUAUUAGAAAUAUGUCUAGAAAUUGGCCCAUAUAGGGAGUGAUUAGAAUUAUGCUUUUUUUAUACACUAGAAAAUAACGUCACUUUUUCUAAACAUUUGACAUCUUCAGACCUACACUCUUGUCUUGUUAACAUUAACUUCAUGAUCAAUAGGGUCGCCUCGAAACAUCAAUGUGAUAAAAAAGUAUGUAAAAAAAAAGGA